CCGCUGCCUCUUUCCCUCCUCCUUCCUCCCUCCUCCUCCUCUCCUUCUCAUAGUUUAUCUGCAUCCUUGCCCCUGCUAGACUCGCACAGCCUACGAAGCUUUCUCGCCUUCUUUGGUCCUCCUCUCCUCCCUAUCAGCAUCUACCAGAAAGAGCCACGUGGAGGGACAUUCACGAGGUGUAUGGAAUUUCCUGUGUGUUGAGAGCGGAGAGGAUCUUUUGUGACAAGUUAGAGAAAAUUCUUGUCGACAACAACGGAAGUUCAUCAGAGUGCCGGACAGGUUCUUCGGUUGAUUAAGUUUUCUCGGAUCGGCCUUGGUUGGCCCCAGGGGCCUGGCCAUGCCUUUAAACCCUAAUGCAGCCGCGUUUACAUUCAAUCCUGCAGCAGCGGAGUUCGUUCCGAGCUUUCUAGCUGCUCCAGCCUCUGAGCCCAAGGUCAACGGGACUCCCAACAAAUCGGAUACCGGGCGAGUGCUUUCAAAGGAGGCGCCUGAGUUUGUUCCGGGGAAUUACUCCAGCCUGCCGUCCAUCAACAACAACUCUACUGGAAGUGGAGUUCUGUCCAAGUCAGACCCUUCUAAGAAUGACUCGGCUAGCGACGGGACUGCCCCGCAUCUCGAAUCCAAGAGACCGACUGCAGUGCAUGUCGCCGCUCCUAGCAGCGCUCCAGUCGUGUCUGUGCGGAUGAUCGACCCCCCCGAGCAUCCGCUGAAGGGAGCCAAGUACACUAUCCAGCAGCUGAAGACCAUGAGGCACGACUACAAGUACGUCGACAUGUUCGGUACUGAGCUCAAGGAGCACAUCGAGGCCUUCCGGAAGAUCCUGGAGGAUACUCCAGAGCUCGAUCCAGAGAAGGACAUGCCGGACAGGAAGCAGUCCGACUCUAACACUCCUCGCUUGAAGAGACAAGACAGCGGCGGGACAACGCCCAAGAGUGGGCGAGGGAGGAAGAACGACCAGCCACUGCGCGAUCGCAGCGGCAAGAUUAUUGAGGUCAAGGCACUCGAGAUCAGUGAGAAUAGAUGGAAGCCAACAAAGCCCACGGAUGAUGAGGAGAAGGUGUACAAGGCCGUGAAGGGUCUGCUCAACAAGCUCACCCUCGAGAAGUUCGACAAGCUUUACAACGACAUCUUGAAUGUCGGCAUCAGCACGGCCUCGCUGUUGCGAGGAUUUGUCGUGAUCUUGUAUGACAAGGCCGUCCUCGAGCCAACUUUUAUUGGGAUGUACGCGAGAAUGUGUGAGAAGCUCGCUGAAGACCUGCCCGAACUCUCUGACGAGGCCGGAGUGCUUCCAUUCGCAGAAGUGCUGGUUGGCAAAUGUCGGGCAGAGUUCGAACUGAUGGGCAAGGAGGCGGAGAGAGAGGAGUUGGAUCAGCUCUCUGACGACGAUCGUCAACAGAAGCUGAGGAAGCUGAGGCAGCGAACUCUAGGAAACGUCGAAUUCAUUGGCGAGCUGUUCAAGCGCAGCAUGGUGGGAUCGGAGGAGGUGCACCUGUUCAUUGGGAAGCUCCUUGAAGCGUCCAAGGAGGACCACGACUCGAUUCAACCCCUGUGCAAACUGCUGGAGGGAGUAGGGAAGCCACUGGAGAAGACGGAGAAGAACAUUGUCGACCGUUACUUCGUGCGGAUUGAAGAGCUUGCGGAGAUGGAAGGGUUGAGCUCUCGCUUCAAGUUCAUGCUCCUCGACCUCAAGGAUCUCCGAUCUAACGACUGGGUCCCUCGGCGACAGGCCUCAGGGCCCAAGUUGCUGCAAGAGGUGCAGAAGGAAGUGGACAAAGAGAACCGAUACACUGAGAAGAAGAAGGAGAAGGAGGACAAGAAGGGAGACAAGAAGGGCGACAAGAAGGGCGAGAAGAAGGGAGGUCACUCCAAAGAUAAGAACAAGCAGAGCAAGAACGAGGACGAAGGCUGGUCUCAGGUCACCACAGCCGUCAAAGGAAAGGGUAAGAAGCCGGCCGACAAGAGGAAAAGGAACGAGCCAGCUCCCGCUCCAGCUCCAACUCCAGCUCCUCUCCCUCGAUCCAACAGCGGCCAGGCUCUCAACAAGAAUGCACCCCCCAAGGGCAUCUCAGCAGGCAGAGGAGGAUUCGCAGCCCUUAUGGAUGAGGAGGAGGACGAGGACGAGGAGGAAGAGGAGGAGGAGACUUCCGAGAGCGAGGAGAGCGAGGAGAGCGACGUGGAGGAUCGCAUUCCUCGCAAGUCGCUCGCUGAGGAGGAGCUUGGUGAGGAGGGCGAGGGCAAAGUCGGUUCGAUCCUCGAGGAGUACCUAUGUAUCCACGAUAUCAACGAGGCCAAGGAGUGCAUCGAGGAGCUGUGGAGCAUUGGUUACAAGAGGAGUGCAGUCAACGAGGAGGUCAUCCGUCGAGGUCUCCUCCUCGCCUUCGAUGCCGGGGACCAGGAGAGCGAGCUGAUGGGGAAGCUGUUCGCCAACAUGGUGGAGCAGGAGGUGUUCUCCAAGGACGACGUGGCUCAGGGGAUCUGCGGUGUGCUGGAGGACCUGCCGGACACGGCCAUCGACUUUCCCAAGGCUCCGCAGCUCAUGGCGAAACUCAUGAAGGAGUACCUGGAGAGAGAGCUGAUGAACAGAGAGCUGGUCCAGGAGGGGCUGAAGGCCCUGAGAGAAGCUUCUCCCUCCACCGCCAAGGCCUUCGAGGACUUUCCAGGCAUGUAAGGCUCAAGAAACUUGCGACAGGGAGCAGGAGAGCCUGUGACUCUUCCGUGUCCUUGUGUGCCCCUUUACCCCUACUUAGUGACUGCGUUUCUUAGCACGAGUACAAUUUUAGGAUCGUGAAUUUUCCUUAUGAUGUACUAAAUCAGAGACAAAAGG